GUCAUGGGCUGCUUUCCCUGCGGCCGUCCUCUAAUUCAUGAGUCUAAGUUCAAGGUUGAGCAUGCGAAGAUGCUUUGCGAAGCGAGGGGAGAGCGCGUAUAAGGACCGUGGCUCUCGCCGUCCUAAUCCACCCAUUUUUUCCACAGACAUCCUCAUCCUCAUCAUCGAACUCGAACACUCGCUCCGACUUUCCAUUGCUCUGGCAGCAAUUUGUCUCUCGCUCUUCUUAUAUCUUCAGCUUACGCUCCGGUAGCAGCAAAAUUCCUUUCUCAUCCGACUAGUGGAUUCCACACACGCAAACGCUCACUCUGUUACCGAACCAACAGUGACUUCUUCGGUAGGAAUAUAUUACUUACCUGUAAACCCUCGUUCUUCUCCCUUUCUUUGUCAUUCAAAACUUCGUCUCCCCACCGACGACAAGAUGCAGACAACAAACGUCUUCGGCACCUUCCUCGCCGCCCUCGUGGCCCAACAAGGCGUCCACGCCUCCCCCUUGGCAACACAAGGCGCACUCCCUUCCUCGUCCGUGGGCCUGGCCCCCGAUAUGGUCAAGUGGCCCGAACCCAUCAACGCCAUCCCCACCCAGCUGCCCUCGUCGCAGCCCAAGUUCACCUACCCGCCGCCCGGGCUCUAUCCUGAACACACGAUCCCGGACUUGGACCUGACCACCGACGAGGGAGCCAGCAACUCGGUCGUCGGCAGGGGGGAGCGCCGCCUCAAUGCGUACCAUGCCCACCCGCGCCGCGACACCACGCCGACGACGGCUGUGGGGGUGGUGCCGACGACGUUUACGGACCCGGAUCUGUUGGAUCUGCCGUGGGGCCAUGUCAACCCGGCUCACCGUGUUGACGAGUGCCCGCCGCAUGUCGCGUGCGCGAGGUCGCCCAAGGGCGGGCUGCCAGGGACUAUCCUUGACAUUGUUGGACAACUCGUCAAUCACCUCGAUGGAGGGAGUGAUGACAGCACGAGCACCAGCAGCAAGCGUGCGCCCAAGGGCGGGCUGCCGGGAACUCUCAUCGAUAUCUUUGGGAAUCUCAUCAGUAGCCUCGACGGGGGGGACGAUGCCAGCGCGAGCACCAGCACCAGCACCACCAGCAAGCGUGCGCCCAAGGGUGGGCUGCCAGGAACUCUCCUCAGUAUCUUUGGGAACCUCGUCAGUAGCCUCGACGGGGGGGACGAUGCCAGCGCGAGCACCAGCACAAGCAGCAAGCGUUUCAUCAUCAACGACAACCCGUUCGUUAACUCGUUCAACAGCGAGAAGUGGAACUCUUCUUCCCUCCUACUUAAUGACGUCCAGGAGGCGUAA